AACCGCAUGCAAUUUUUGGAUAAUUGUGGCAAUAUUUUUGCGCUACGAUGAUAUGUUUUCAAAGUUUCGCUGUGCAGGCACCUUAAGAAUUUAAAAGCCAAAUUGUAAACACCAACGUCACCUUCAUUUUCCGUGUCACAGCUCCUUCUGCGGAAUGGUUCGGUCUCGCCACACAGAUUUCAUUCAUAAAAUUCGGACUCACUAUAAAAGGCGGGCCUCUCCACUAUAUCUGCACAGUUACCAUUUAUGAAAGCUGGCAAAUGGAGUAUAAGUAGGCGUUCAAAGGAGGGGGGGUCUGCUGUUUACGUAGAACAUAUAGAUAGACGUAUACGGAUAGACGGCUCGGGUCUUUACUUUUUUAUGCGCUGACCUCAGAAGAGAGAAAUAUACAAAAAAAAAAAAAAAAAAAAAAAUGCAUCCAGACUCCAGCUCUGAGCUCGACCCAUCCUCCAGCUGUAGCCCGGCAGCGCCUGGCGGGGACACCCCUGGGCGCAGCCUGCGUCCUCCUGACUCGCUUUCAUCAUCAGUGGACAGCAACAAGGUAGAUGCGAUUCUGAUCGUUAAACAGGAUGGUGACACCUCUGCACCAGCCGCCUUUGUUCCGUCUGUGACUGCAAUCUCAACGUCGCCAGAACUGAAGUGGAUGGUGCAGCCGACUGCCAUCACAUCUGGCGUUGCAAAAACCAAGACCGAUGGCGCAAACCAGUCGUCCCCAACAGGUGCAAAGAGGGCAAAAACGUGCAACAAGAAGGCGCAAAAGGAGCAGGAGACUGAUUUGCUGGAAGAGGAGAAGUCAACUCUCCAAACUGAGAUAGCUGAUCUGCUGAAGGAGAAAGAGAGGCUGGAGCACAUCUUAGCUUCCCAUCGGUCCUCCUGCAAACUGCCAGCACAAGAUGACAGCGACAGGGAGGAGGAGGAGAAGGUGGAGGAUGUUGACUCAGUGCUGCAGGACUCUCCGGCCUCCCCACAGCUGCUCUCCAUCCUGGAGAAUGUAAAGACCCCCGAGAGCAACGUAGCUGCUGGAGAAGUCCCCGCUAGUCAGGAUGCAGACCUUUCUUGUGUCCCGGCUUCUGUGGCCAUCUUGGGGAACUCCAACAUCCUCCUGUGCUCCAGUGCAGAAGAGGAGGCCUUGCAGGACCUUAAUGGAGAUGACCUUGAUGAUUUGGUGCCCAGUCUGGAGAUGGCUGCAUCUGUCCCUGACAUAGACCUCAACGGGCCCUUCUGCCUCCCAGACUGGGAAACUCUCUACAAGUCUGUGGCAAGCGACCUCGAGUCUUUGACCACUCCGGUCAUGUCUUCCAGUCCCACCUGUAGCAGCUAUCGCACCGUCUUUUCCUUCAGCUGUUCUGAGAUUGAGUCCAUGGCUGAAGACUGCGAGGGCCUCAAAAGCAGUCACGCAGGGUCAGAGUUAAUGAAAGAUAGUCUUAACUCCCCAACACUCUUAGUCUUGUGAAUGCAAAUAAUUUAUGCAACAAUAUACAGUAUUUGUAUUCCAACCAGCUAGCAAGCUAUCUCUCUCAAAUAACCUUUUGUAGUGUGAGCUAUGAUGUAUAAACCUGAUAAUUAAAGGUUGUGCAUAUUGACAACGUGUUUUCUGUAACUGUAACAGGGUUGAAUUCUUCCAUUUUGUUUCAAUUGUCUGAGUUUACAUUUGUGCUGGAAUCCAAAUGCAUGCAAAAACAAAAAAAAGAGUCAUAUGUAUGCCAACAAAAAGGUGGUGAAUUAUGUUUCUAAGAAAAAAAAAAAUCUAAAUGUGAUAUGAAGUUAACACACAUUUGAUAUAGCUUAAUAUAUGUGAAACAGUGCUAUUGUGACAAGUGAAAAUAGAGAGAUGCUAAAAUGUAGCAGUGUUGGUGUAACAUCUUGCUGUGAGGUGUCCCCUGAUCUGACUUGACAUUUAUCACCUGAAUCUUUUCCAUAACCAAAAAUCAAAAUGAAAACAUAAUCAUAUCAUGUAUUUUCUCAAGAUGUACUGUAUUUUAUGGCAUAGUUUAUUUUUUUACUCAUCAAAUAUGAUGCUGAUGCAAAAAAUGGAAUAUUGCUGAAAAUAAAACACAACAUUCACAAAUCA